UUUAUCAAUAUUGUAUAUUCAGGAAUAUASUCCCUUGGGACUAGGUGGYGGUGGUGCACCAAAUCGAACAGUCUCUGGAAAKCAACAGACAAAAUUAMGAGCUGAUCCUGAACUAAGAUUCCCUAAAUAUGGCGAGAAYAGCAAUAUUGCAGAAGGCUUGAGAUAUAAUAAAAAAGACAUGGAGUAUGCAGCUUUACUUGAGAAGUUUAUCAACGAAAGUCAUACAAGAAAACAACAGGAAGAGAAGAAACGCAAAGAACAAGAAAUAUCUCAUAAUCAAUAUGAUCCAUUCAAAAAACCUGGUGGUGGUGCUCCUUUGACAAAUGAACAAGGUGAAGUCAAUGCAAAACAGAUAUUAACACUAUCCACAGACAUCAAAGAACUUAGAGGAGUAGAACCUCGUCACCAGCAUGCAUACAGUGAUCCAGGGAAGUGUAAACCAGAUGACUAUGCAUGGUUAAAUCCAGACAGCAAUCAUUGGCCAUUUGGCAAAAACACUGUUGAAAGGGACAGAGCUGGUAAAAUCAUGAAGACCAAAAGGCCUGCAAUUGAUGAUUCAGAAGGAAUUGGAAUACCUGUUGGAAGACCUGGUGCUGGUGCUCCCAUUAAGGACAAAGAUGGUAAACUCAAAACAAGGAAACCACAGACAUUAACAAAGAAUAGUUAUGGACAGGUACUGUCAAGGGAUUUCAGUCCUAAAGAGAGAAUUGAGAAUGAUCCCUUUCAAAAGCCAGGUGCAGGAGCUCCCAUUAAGGAUGCAGAUGGUAAAGUCAAAACKCGCUUAGUAGCUCAGGUGGAACGAUUGGAACCAUCACCAAGAAUGUCUUUUGAUGAUAUCCAAGCCAAACAAGCCUAUCUGAAAACUUUACAGGAUCAAGCUGAACAAGCUGAAUACAAGCGCAAGGAAGAGAAUGAAGAUCUCAAAAAGAGUGGAGGCGAUGUAUCAUCAUGGAUCAGAAGUGGUGUUGUUGGUCAGCCAAAGUUUGACCCUGUAACAAAGGAAAUUAUAGCAUCACAUAAAACCACGUCUGAUGUCACUCAACAAAAGCUGAACAUACGCAGACAAAAGAAUGAUACUAGCAGCAACUACCACCGUGAUCUGCAAGUUCUUGUUGAUGCAAAACAGAAACAACGAUACCAAGAGAAAGAAACUGAAAAGCAUGAUUCCAUGAGGCAUGUGGAAACCAUGAACAGUAACUGGGGUAAAAAAGGUGGAGGGGCACCUCUUGACGGAUACAGAAAACAAAAAUUUGGAUUGGAUCCCUAUGAUGAAACCAGUUUUCGACCAAAUUGAAACCCACAAGUGAUAAUAAUAAUAAUUCUUAGACGCAGUAUUGUUUUUAUUAUGUGGUUGUUUCGUUUGAAAAUAUACAAUUAUAGUAAGACCUAUGCACUAUACAACUUCCCAGAACUUUCUAGUCUGUAACAUCAUUAAAAGAUAUUUUGGGAAGUGUAGAGUCCUCAAUAAAGUUUCUGCCUAGUUAACUAGGGWAUGUCAAAUUAAUACUCACCGCAUAAAAAAGUGCUGUUUGGCACAAUAUUCAUUUAUUAUGGGUGUAUUGGUGCACUUUGCGGAUGUGUCAAAGUCAAAGAAAACACAAAAUUUGUUGUUAGAGGUAGAGAAGGAGAUAACUGACACAAACAAGAAUAGAUGACAAAGAACAAGGCUCACACACUGACAAAUAAAACACAAACAGUUCAAUUUUUACUGUAAAGUUAAGUUAUUUAUUGGGUAUUAACUUAAUUAACUUAAAAAUAAAUAUUUAUAAUAUUUUAGUAUUUUUUUAUUGUAAAAAAUUCAUAUCACUAUCAUUUAUUAUCUGAGUGAAGUGACUGGAUGUUAUUUUAGCAUAGCUUAGAAAAUAGACAGAAGUGAAUUCUAAGAAGUACUAGUAUGAAUGUUUAUUAUAUUCUCAUUCAAUAACAGUAUGAAUUCAUGAAAGAUCUAUCAGCACUGAGUAAAAUAUUAUUAAAAUGAUGAAAAACAUUU